AAUAAAAUUUAACUAUUGAAUAGAAAUCUGCUUUUAUGACUCAGGAGUGAGCAUGAAUAUCAACUAUGUAUGUGUAGUAUUUAAUUCAUACCAGAGUGAAACCAGAAGGAUGAAUUGACUCAGGGACAGUCUCCUGAAUCCUGCCUCUGGCAUUAUUCAUUUGCAGCGGGCUGAAUUGCAUUUUAUGGCGGCUGUUUUCUCUCAUUUAUCCCUUUGAGAGGAAGCAGUAACUAAAUAUAUUAAACACUGCUUGGAGUCCUCAGCACUGAGCAUUUGAAUUCUAUCAAGAGUGUAUCAGCAUAUGAUUGAAAAAGAAUGGAAACUUAGGGCUUCAGUUUCUCAGUUCACCUAACCGUUAGUUCAAGAGAUCAACCUGUGUGAUCUGGAGGGCACUUUAAUAAUAAUGUCGAUAAAAGAAAACAAAUUGUCCAAGUAAGUACUCAGAAUCAGUGUAAAAAAGGGGUGCGUGGGUAGCUCAGUCAGUUGAGCAUGUGACUUUGGCUCAGGUCAUGAUCUUGCAGUUCUUGAGUUCGAGCCCCGCUUCAAGGCUGUAUGCUCACAGCUCAGAGCCUGGAGCCUGCUUUGGAUUCUGUGUCUCCCUCUCUCUCUGCUCCUCCCCCACUCAUGCUCUGUCUCUCUCUCAAAAAUAGAUAAACAUUAUCUUUUCUGUGUAGAAAAGGCUGCUAAGCUGGAGUUUCAAAUAAUAGAACUUUCUUCCAUUUCAAUGGAGCUGUACUAGGCCAUUCAGUCAUUCAUCAUUCAUUCACACAGGGAUUCACAACUACUCUUGAGUCCUAUGUACUAGGCCCUGUUCUAGGUACUAGGCAUACAGCGGGAAAUAAAGCGAAGACCUUGUUUUUGUGGUUGUGGAGCUGAUCUUCUCGAGGACAAGAGGCAAGAAAACAAUAUAUGCAAAUAUGUCAUUUGGUGCUCUAGAGGAAAAUACAGACCACGUAAGGGGUAUGGGAAUGAGUGUAGGUUUGGCGUUGGGCACCGCUGUUGCUUUUUAUAAGGGACGGUCAGGGAAAGCCUCUCAAUGACAUUUGUGCCGAGACCUGAAGGGAUUGACGUCCACUGGAAGAAGAGUAAGCCAGGAGGAGUGGGGAGCCUGCCUAGUGGGCUGAAAGACAGUAAGGGACCUCUGCAGUUGGAGGAAAGGCAGUGAGGGGGGCAGUAUUUGGAGGCGGGGUCAGAGGGACAGCAGAGACCCACAUCACAUAGAGUUCUACAGACCGUUGUAAGGACAUUGGCUUUUUCUCUGAAUGAGAACUCACUGAAGGGUUCUCCUCAAGUCUUCCCUUGAGGAUUACCUUGAACACUGGUUGGAGAACGGACUAUAGAGACAGGGAUGGGAACAAAGAAAUGAGUAAGGAUAGCUGGUAAGUGUAUUCAGGCAGGAACCAAAGGGCACAGGUGUUCGAUUUUGUGCAUUUACCACCAUCUCUUUGCUUUACUGGUAAAGAUUAUUGUACUUGUCCAGAUAAGGAUGAACACAGUGUUGGCACAUUUGAGCCACGUUAGUAAUACUUUAAUAAUAUGCAAAUUAGCAAUAUGCCGUGGCUCUUGGGAAGUUCUGUCGUUAAUGCUUUUUUCUAUUUAUCCAAUAGCAGUGUCCUUCUGAAAGGUCUUCCUCUCGUCUCUCCUGUUUUUAUUUAAUGUUGUACCAUUCUUUGAGCCACUCACGCUCAAACUUGUCACCUGUGACAUCUCUCUCCAUAGUCUACAAACACAGGGGGUCAGAUACUGUUGUUACCUGCCUGUCUUUCAAACCCAUAUCCUGUUUCUGCCAUUCCCAACUUGAGUUUAGACCCUCCUUUUCAUCUCACAGCUGGCCGUCAGAUUCCCCUUGUCCACUCCGUGGAGAGGGUAGCAAAAACAAUGCAGGGUUUGAAGCGGCAUCUUGAUUCAGAUUGGGCCAUCCUGGUUCUUCCACGUACCUCUUGGGCAUUUUGAAAUUUUUGAACCUCAGUUGUCCCUCUACAGAAUGAGCAUAACAGUGUCUAAUUGGUAGGAUCGCAGUGAGGAUUACGGGGGACUGUGGACUGUUGAGAGUGCCCGGCAGGUCCAAGGAGUGGAUUCUUUCCGCUUCCAUCCUUCCAGCUGGCUCCAACCUUGAGCUGCCUGGCAGGGCCCAAAGCGUAGGUCUCAUUGUCUUGCCUCUUGCCAGAAACCUUUCGUGGUUUCCUUUUGCCUCACAGGUUAAAUAUGGGCCCUUUUGCCUGGCAUUCAGAGCCCCGGUUCUCUCCCCAUGACUUCCGUUUCCAACUUUGCCCCCAUUAUGGUUCUUCUCCGUGUAUUUCAUGUAGAGCAAAUUCACCAUUUUUAUUAUCAUGCUGUCACUUCUGUAUGAGAACAUCUUCACUCUGUUACCCUGUCUUGGGUCCUGUUGUCUUCACAGAGCUCACAAUUGGAAGUGGCUUGUCUCAGUCCUAAAACAUCACUGCACUUGGAGGAGUCAGUGUGGUACCCCAGCUCUGGAGCCAGAAAAGCCAGAUGCUUCUGUGUACUGUCAUCCUGAGGAUGUUGCUUAAUUUCUGCAUCUCGAUUACCCUUGCAAAAUGAGGACAACAAUACCUCCUUGCUAGGGUUGUGGUGAGGACUAAGCAAGGGACUACAUGUGAAGCAGUCUGAAUAGUGUCUGACACUUGGGAAGCUUAAGUCAGUUUCUAUACAAUUACAGGCAUGAGUAGCCAACAUUAUUGUAUCAUUAGGACCUGUAUGUUAUAGGGAACUCAAAAUACAAGCAUUUUGAGAUACAGUGGAGAAAAAGGCAUGGACUAGGAACCAGAAGCCCUGGAUUCUAGUACUGGUUCCCAUUACGAAAUAAGCUGUGUGAUGGCUAGUAUGUCACUUAGCCUCUCUGGACCUUACAUUCUUCAGCCGCAGAAAGAGAAGGAUGAACAAAAAUCUCUAAGCUUCCUUUCAGUUCAGAUAGCCACAUGGAUAUCUGAUAGCCACCUGCAAUUCAAAUUGACCAAAACGGAACUCUUAAUUUCCACUUUUUGAAACACACUCCCUCCUUAUCUCCGUAAAUGAAUGAUACUACCAUCUAUCAGUGUAAGAAACCUGUGGGUUGCCUUUGAAUUGUCUGUUCCUUUCAUCAUCUACAUCUAAUCUAUCUGCCUAUCCUUUUGGUUCUACUUCCAAAACGGAUCUUGGUUCCAUCCCUCUGCUGCCUUUCUGCUUCCACUCUUGCCCCCUUUCAGCCUCAUUCCCACCGAGCCAAAGCGAUAUUUAAAACCUCAACCAGAUAAUAGCACUCUUCUGCUUUAAAGUCCCUGGUGGCUUUUCAUUGUACUUAGGAUGAGAUCCAAACUCUUGUAUGUCCUCCCACCACUCUCCCUCUUGUGCUUCAGCUGCCGUUUUCUCUUUUCCUGCCAGCUCCCCAAACUCACGUCUGCCUUGGGCUUUGCUGCUUUCUGUGCUUAGAAUAUUCAUCCCCCAGAUGUGGACGCAACUUGUUUCUUGGAUUUAGAUCUCCGCUCUAAUUGCCCCCCUCCCGCUAGUGCCUUAUCACACCAUCCUGUGUUUUCCUGAGGUUUACCACUAUCUGAAAAUAGCUUAUUUAUCUCUCUCUGUCUUCAGUAGAAAUGAAACGCCUUCAUAGUAGGGCCUUUUUCCUAGCAGUGCUUCGUACAUAGUAAGAAUGCAAAAUAAAAAUACAUGAAGGAAUAAGUAUAAACCCAUUUUUAAGGAGCUAUCACAGUUCAUAUUAAGCGAAGGAUUGUGUUUGUAGUUUUCCAGUGUGAAAACUUUCCCUUCGUUUAAUCUCUCCUACUGAAUGAAGAUUACUGGGCACACAUGCUCGUGCUAGAAAUAGGACCGUGAAACAGUAUAACGACACACUGGUUUCUUCCCCUGACCUAAAUGGCUCUCCAAUUUACCAUUCUCUCCAUCUCCUCUCUCACACUAACACCUUACUGCAAAUACCAUCUUCUGUGGCCUAGAGGACUGCCUCCCCUCCGGUCUUUUUCCUGUAGAUUCUAACCUCCCAGCCAUCCGGACUGCAGACAGCAGCCGGCGAGCUUUGCAGUCGUUGCCGUACCCUUGCUUGAUAUUUGAAAACCGAAGUUUUCCAUUGUUCUCGGGAUAAAGGCCACAAUCCGCCCUGGUCCGCUACGUCCUGUGAGGCCAGCCCUCAGUCUCCACCGCAGCCCACGCUCCCUCCCUCCCCUCCUGGUUCCCGCCUGCCACCAAGCUGGUACGGCUUCCUGGACGGGUUCACUACCCACCACCCAUGUUGUCUCCUUCGGAACUCAGGAUAUUGUCCCUUCCUCGGGGAAGCCCUCCCUGGUGAGGCCAAGCUCCACUCCCCCUCAUGCAGCCCCCUAUCAUCCACGACGUCUCUUUCAGUGCUCUGGUUUUAUAAGCGCACACUCUGGAAUACGGUAGCCUUGUAAACACGCGUAGCCGCGAGCUCGCAGCUCAAUAGCUAAUUGCGGAAGAAACGUACUGAAUAGUCGCCCGGCCGGUCCUCGCCCCUCCCCCGAGGGCUGCGCUGAGGCUGUUACGCGUUAAGCCGGCGCCGCGGGGAGAGGAAUCUCACCGCGCCUGCGCGAAAGGGCACGCAUGCGCAAAAGGACGAGCCCGCUGACAGAUUUGCGGCGGCAGCGGCGGCGGCGGCCCUGGCCCUGGACUGCGGGGAAUGGGAGUCCUAGGUCUCUGAGCGCCGCCCCCGCCUCCCUGCCCCCGACAUGGCUCAGGAGAAGAUGGAGCUAGACCUGGAGCUGCCUCCGGGUACUGGCGGGAGCCCGGCGGAGGGCGGCGGCACUAGCGCCGGCGGGGGCCUCAGGAGGUCUAACAGCGCCCCCCUGAUCCACGGCCUCAGUGACACUUCGCCGGUGUUCCAGGCCGAGGCGCCGAGCGCCAGGCGGAACAGCACAACGUUCCCGAACCGCCACGGCCUGCUGCUGCCGGCCUCCCCCGUCCGCAUGCACAGCAGCCGCCUGCACCAGAUCAAACAGGAGGAAGGCAUGGACUUGAUCAACCGAGAGACGGUCCACGAGCGCGAGGUGCAGAACGCAAUGCAGAUAAGCCACUCCUGGGAGGAAAGUUUCAGCCUGAGUGACAACGAUGUGGAGAAGUCCGCCUCCCCGAAGCGCAUCGAUUUCAUUCCGGUGUCACCAGCACCGUCACCCACCCGGGGGAUCGGGAAGCAGUGUUUCUCACCAUCCUUGCAAAGUUUUGUGAGUAGCAAUGGAUUGCCUCCAAGUCCAAUUCCCAGCCCAACGACUCGAUUUACCACCCGGAGAAGCCAGAGUCCCAUCAACUGCAUUAGACCAAGCGUUCUUGGACCAUUGAAAAGAAAAUGUGAAAUGGAAACUGAGUAUCAGCCAAAGAGAUUUUUCCAGGGCAUCACCAACAUGCUUUCUUCUGACGUUGCACAGCUGUCAGAUCCCGGUGUGUGUGUAUCUUCCGAUACCCUUGAUGGAAACAGUAGCAGUGCCGGAUCUUCUUGUAACUCACCAGCGAAAGUCAGCACUACCACCGACUCUCCUGUGUCGCCUGCCCAAGCGGCCUCUCCAUUUAUUCCAGUAGAUGAACUUUCAUCUAAGUGAUUCACCCACCCAUCUGAGACUCGGGGUGUGUUUUUUUUGCAAUGGAGAGAAAAAUCAAGUUGGAGCAAGCACUGAACUUUGUCAGUUAAUUUGAGGCUCUUUCCUAUCUGACCCUUUUCCUUUUUUUGGAAUUUCCUGAAAUGUUGUUAUUCUAGAGAACUUUUAUGUCAGGUUCCUGCGGGAUGCCCUUGAAUUCAGUGUAGUAAUAUUUUCAGACGUUUUCCCAAUAAGUGUGUUGAAGCAUACGUCUUUAUGCUGCUAAUAUGUUUAAAUACAUAUGUUAUCCCUUGAUUUUUUAAAAUAAUUGAGAGCUCUAUUUAUUUAUGGGAUUAUUAAGUUCUGAUGCAAAUAUAAAUGUUGAAUUAAUCAGCAUAGUAAACUGAUGUUUUAGAAUUCCAUAUUUCAUGCCCACACUAAUUUUUAAUAUUACUUUUCAGUGAUUGCUGAUUUCUAUUUGAAGAAUAACUUACGUAUUUACAGCAGUUUUUUAAAAAGAAUGUUAGUUAUAACACAUCAACCCAGUGGUUGUCUCUUUUACCCAGGAGUCCUUGCAUAUUUACUUUUCUGGGUACAUAAGUGGCUGGGAGGGGGAAUGAUGAGCAAAAUAUAAAAGCUUGCAACAAGUCUUUUAAAAUUAUAAAAUAGUAAACAUUUAAGAAAAGCAUUUUCUAAUGAAAUUUUAAUGGAAAUUCUAAUUAGUCAUGCAAAUGUCGCUACAGAAAAGUUAAAAAAAAAUUUUUUUUUUUUUUUAGACCAGAAAGUGCAUUCUCUCGGGUAUAAUCCUGAAGUGACACGGGCCAGUGCCUUGCAGUCUCAGCCCACUGUACAUAGGCUGAGACCAGGUUCUUUGUACCACUGCAAACUUAAAAGUUUUUCAAACAUAGAAAACGUGGGAAGCUCUGUUGGACUUCACCAGGGCCCCCAGGCAGAUAAAAGUCUCUCAUUGAUUGACACGCUUUAAAAUAUCCAAUUGUGCCUCAGUGAAAAUCCUUGCCACCAAGGAGCCAGAGCAACUUUUGGCCACCUUUCUGUCCUGCCCAUCUGUCACCUUCCGGGUUUUCCCUGGCUCAGGAGGGAAGCAGCUGUUUCCUUGCCAACAGGUCCUUCCCCCCCCAACCUCCCAACGAACUAGGGCAUCAUCGGUUAGACAAAGGUACAGUGUAACUUGGAUUUCUGACAGCAACCACAGAACUGUGGAGUCAUGUCAGAAACCUCUAGUUAAAGCUGUAGCUGGAGCCGACUGCCUUGGGAUUGCCGAUUGAUUCAGGGUCAGUGAUGUGCAAGAGAAAAAUCAGUGGAGAGUCACGUAGGUAAAUCAUUGCUUAACUUAGGUUUCGUUUAAGUAGAGUUCUGAAAUGUUCUUUUCCUUGCCUUGUUACAACUAAGAAAAUACGGAAAUAUUUAAUAACAAACGUUUCUAUAUUAUACUUCCUAUAUCUUCCUUUACUGGAGAGAUAGAAAGAAUGGCAGCAAAAGGGGAAGGGGAAAAAAUAAAAGAGAGACCAAUACAAAAAGCUCCGACUUUCUUUAAGUUAACUGCUUACAGAGACUUUUAACAAUUGUGUGGAAUUUUUACAGCUAUGAGAAUAAAUGGAACUGGUCAACUUUUGAAAGUUGCCUUAAGAAUUCAGUGAAAUUAUGUCAAGGGUAAGAUUGUUUAUAUAGGCUUAAAAUUCUCUGUUCUGGGUAAUAGUUCACAUGCUUCAGUCUUGAUCUUGUUCCUCAAAUUCAAACCUAUAUAUCCAACUUCCUGUUGGGUACUUAACCUGCUUCCAGAGGUACUUUAACCUCAGCAUCUCCAAAACAGAAUUUAUCAUCUUCUCAUUGAACCUGUUCUUGAAUUACCUAAAUUGAUGUCCUCACUCUCGGAUUUUCUAAACUAGAAACCAUGAGAAGCACUUUUGACUUUCCCUUUUUCCUGUCACAUCCAGCUUAAUCACUUAAGUUCUGUCUACUGAAAUGAAUCUCCAGCCUCUCCUCUUCUCUAUUUCUUUUGCCUCUGAUUGAGCUUAUGUUCCAGCCUAAGGUGGUCUCCUCACCCAUUUUCUCACCCUCCUUUUGACCCAGUCGCCACACGGCCUCUGAAGUGAUCUUUGUCAAGUAGAAAACUUGCUUUGUUUUCACCUUCCUGCUUGAAAACUUCCUUUGCUUCCCCAUUUCCCACAGUUUAGGGAAUGCUUUCUCUAGCCUGGCAUGUAAUAAGGUCCUUCAUGAACUGGCCAUCCUGGAAAACCACUGUACAACUCUGCUUAUCCUAUCCCAAUACACAUCCUUCUCACUCUGCAAACACUAGACUACUUGAUGGUCCUUAAAUAUGCCAUGUACUUUCAUGUGUUCGUGCCUUUGGAUGGAUUGUUCCUUCUCUUUAAAAUGCCAUUCCUAUCCUUUUCAGCCAGGCAAAUGCUUUGGUUCUUUUUAUUGCCUGUUAAUUUUAACUAUGAAAGAAUGUAUACCUGCUGAUUAUAAAAAUAUUUAAACAAUGCAGUUAUCUGUGGAGUAAAAAAAUGAAAGUCUGCCGUUUACUAUGUAAAAUUCAUCUUCCCUUCCCCUAGGUAAUUUCUGUUAAUUCAGUAUAUAUUGUAUAAGGUGUUUUACUCCUCAUUUCCACGUAUAUCUGUAUAUAAAUUCAGGAAACCAA